AUGACAGACACAUCCACCACCGCGCUCGUCCUCCACGGCGCAAAGGACCUCCGCGUUGAACAACGCACAGUCUCCGCGCCAAGCGCGCACGAAGUCCAAGUCGCAAUCCGCGCAACAGGCCUCUGCGGCUCAGACCUCCACUACUACAGCCACGGCCGCAACGGCGACUUCGUCGUCCGGGAACCAAUGUGCCUAGGCCACGAAUCAGCAGGCACAGUAACAGCAACAGGAAGCAGCGUUUCCAACCUAAAACCCGGCGACAGAGUCGCCCUAGAAGUCGGCCUGCCCUGCCGAACCUGCGCCCUCUGCAAACAAGGCCGGUACAACAUCUGCAAAGAAAUGCGCUUCCGCAGCAGCGCAAAAACAUACCCACACCUCGACGGAACCCUAAUGGACCGCACAAACCACCCAGCAGAUAUGUGUCACGCAAUCCCAGACAGCGUCAGCGACGCAGCAGGCGCCCUUGUCGAACCGCUCGCCGUCUGCCUGCACGCAGUGCGCCGCUCCCACCCACCCACCAAAGAAGAAGUAGAAUUGAACGCCGCGGCCGGCGAAGAAACAGCAGCGCUUGUCUUCGGCGCUGGUGCCAUCGGCCUCUUAAUCGCCGGUGCUCUUGCCGCGAGUGAGAACUUCACUUCGAUCCUCGUCGCGGAUAUCGACGAGCGACGUCUGGAAAUCGCCAAGUCCAUGGGGUUGGGUCUUAAGACUGCCCUGAUUCCCCGUGGUGAUCCUUCGAAUCCACCUCCCGCGAAGGAUGCCCCGCAUGCAGAGCAGACGGCGUACGCAUUGUCUACUGCGCAAUCUGUCGCUGCGACACUUACCGAAGCCGCAUCCUCGUCAGAGUCCGGCUUGACAAUGCCUGGUUUCAGCCGUGUCUACGACUGCACUGGUGUACCGGCCUGCGUACAAGCGGGAAUCUACGCCUCGGCGCCCGGCGGCGUCCUCGUCCAGAUUGGAAUGGGUAAUCCGGUGCAGACGGUUCCUGUUGGCGCUGCUGCGUUGCGGGAGGUUGAUAUUAUCGGUGUGUUCCGGUAUGACGGGGCUGCGUAUCCUGCUGCGAUUGCUUUGCUUGCUAGUGGGAAGAUGAGGAGUGUUGAGGAGAAGGUUGUUACGCAUCGGGUUCGGCUUGAGGAGGGGGCUAGAGCUUUCCAGCUUGCUGGGGCUGGCGUUGAUGAGGAUGGGAGACCGGUUGUUAAGGUCAUUAUUGAGAAUCGGGGACGGGCGAACGGUUUGCUUUAA